AGUAUUCACCAAGAACACCAAAGAAUGCCAAUGGAGCACGGCGAGAGAGAGAAAAAAGACCCCCCCUUUUUUUUUGCUUUGUGUUGAAGACAAGAAAGAAAGAUGAGUGCAUUUCGAUUCGAUCCUCUUCUCUGUUCCACUGUGGUGCGAUUCCUUGGCUUGGGUUUGACUCCAAAAGCGAUCGAAACCCAUCGGCCAUCUCUCUUUUAAUGUUUCCCAUUCGGUUCUUCCUCCUCUCCAUUUCAUUGACUUUGGAACACGGGCGUGCCCCCCAUAUCCUCGAAGGAGACCAAGGAAAGAGGUUACGAACGAGCUCCAUCGCCUCAAAACAUGUACCCUCAGUUAAAAGUGAGAGAGCAAGAAGAUACAAAUACGAUGCAAGAAGACAGACAGCAAGAAGAUACAAAUACGAUGCAAGAAGAGGCAACAUCCUAUCUACCAAGAGUUAUUGAAUCUUUUUCUGUAGAAGUUCUUUCUUUGUCUAGAGCUCCGACUUCAAAUCAUGGAAAAAUGUCUGAGAAUGAUCAUUCUUUAUCACAUGCAAAGAUUUCCAAGUCUCAACCUAAGAAUUUGCCAGCAUCUUCUAGAUAUACAUCCAAAGGGAAGAACAGCCAAAGCGCCGUUGAGGAUAAUAGAACCAACAUUAGAGCUAGUUCUAUUCCACGGCCUCGAGCAGUCUUGUCAAGUCCAGAUAAUGAUGAUAUAAUUGGAAACCAGAAUCGGCUGAUUAAAGAGAGGCAUACACUUCUGAAAAGGCAGAGCCUGUACCAAAACAUUCAAGCCCAGGGAAAGCUCGGUCACAGGAACGCUAGAGUUGCAAGUCCCCUUGGCACAAGAAAAGUCGCCAAGGAAUCUGGUGACAAUAGUCAUACAAAGGAAAGGAAGCUUGGGUCUGAGGUAGAUGCACCGAAGCAGAGAUCAACUAUUAGAAGAGGAUAAUCAAACACGGCAUAUAUGGAGCCUGAUGUCAGAGGUGGUCUGCACUUUAUUAGUUAUUUUGCAAUCAUAUGGCGAUGUUUGAACUCCCUCAAUGCUUUUAAGCUCAAUAGGUUCUGGUUUGGAUUCAUUGAAUUUGCUCCCUGUAAUUUUCUUUGAUAAGAGAGCAUAUUCUCUUACUCUACCACAAGUUUCAGAGAUGGCCUCCAUAAUUUUCUGUCCUGGCAUUAAGAAAAAAUUUCCUU